CAGCCCCGCGGGCGCCCGCGGCGCGUGGAGAAAGCAGGAAGCGCGCCGCCUUUCGCCACCCACCUGCUGAAUAUGUAGAGAUCUGAUUUGCGAGACUGGAGUUGAGUCACUGUCGAGGAACCAGGUCGGGGCUGGAGGUGGAAGUUUGCAGAGUGCGGAGUAACAGCAGGACGCGUUUCUUACACCCAUUCCGUCGCUUGAUAUAUUUAUAUUUAUAUAUAUAUUUAACUGCGGAAAAUAAACAAGAUGCCAUUGGGACUGAGGAAAAAGAAGAGCAAGUCCCGGGAGAGCUCCAACUUGGUGGAGAACGAGGAGGUGGGGAGCUCGGCGGCCAAGCCCUCCGCGAAUGGAGCCGGACUGCCCCCGCCGCCCGCCAGCCUGCGGCCCCGGUUGGUCUUCCACACGCAGCUGGCGCACGGCAGCCCCACUGGGCGCAUCGAGGGCUUCAGUAACGUCCGGGAGCUCUACGGCAAGAUCGCGGAGGCCUUCAACCUGAGCGCGCCCGAGAUCCUCUUCUGCACCCUCAACACUCACAAAAUUGACAUGGAGAAGCUUCUCGGGGGUCAGAUCGGCCUGGAGGACUUCAUCUUCGCCCACAUCAAGGGGAUCAAGAAGGAGGUGGAGGUGUUGAAGGCUGAGGAUGCACUGGGGCUCACCAUCACGGACAACGGGGCUGGAUAUGCCUUCAUAAAGCGUAUCAAGGAGGGCAGCGUGGCCGACGGCGUGAAGGUCAUUUGCGUGGGCGAUCACAUAGAGUCCAUCAACGGGAAGAACAUCGUGGGGACUCGGCACUAUGAGGUGGCACGUAUGCUGAAGGAGCUUCCGAAGAGCCAGACCUUCAAACUCAAGCUGGUGGAGCCCAUGAAGGCCUUUGAAAUGUUGGAGCCACGGUCCAGGGGCGGCAAAAUGGCCGGGGAGAGCCGCCUGGGGGCAGGCAGGGGGACCCUGCGGCUCCGGGCCAAGGGCCCUGCCACCGUGGAGGACGUGCCAACAGAGUUUGAGGAGAAGGCCAUCAAGAAGGUGGAUGAUCUUCUGGAGAGUUACAUGGGGAUCCGGGACACAGAGCUGGCCUCGACGAUGGUGGAGGUGGGCCGGGAUAAGCACAAUCCAGACGAGUUCGCCAUGGCGCUGGACCAGGCCCUGGGUGACUUUGCCUUUCCGGACGAGUUCGUCUUCGACGUCUGGGGAGCCAUCGGGGACGCCAAGCAGGGACGCUUCUGAUGCUGCUGCUGUGUGGACCCCCCUCAUUUUUGUACGAAGUGUCUGUUUCUUUUAUAGUGUUAGUGCUGUGGGCCUGAUCCUCGGAGCCUGUGCUCAGCCAUCGGCACGCCGCUGCCUCGGGGUCCCACCGCUCCCCCCCCAUGUUCGUUUGUCUGCCUGUUUCAUCGACGCUCUGAUCCUCACUGACGAUUCGAAGCCAGGAGCCGCUGUUGCCGGGGCCGUCCGUGAAUCACCAUGCCACAGGAGACCUGGCAGGACCAUGCAGAUGUAGAUCCUAACGGCAGUCGCUCCCUCGCUCGCUUUCAUAGCCUUCUUGUAGUUUUUUUGCGCUCAGUCCUUUGUUGGACCCGGUGAGGAGGCUUGGGGGGGGGGGGGGGGGCAUCAGCUCCCGUUUUCUGUUGAUUAUUAUAAAAAAAAA